AUGUACUUCAAUCUGCCUGAAAAAACCUUAUCAAACGAUGAUGCGAAAACCCUAUUUUGCCCUUGGGACGACGAAAACAUAUAUCUUCUAUCCCUUCAUGUGAAUUCACCUCUCAAAACUGAGGCCGCAUUCCGAAUGGCCCGAGCCACUCUCCAUAUCUCGUGCCUUACAGCAGCUUCCCUUUGCUCGUCGUUCGUUUUCCGUGAUAUUGCAUCGGCUAUCCCAGGAAAAAAUUCGAUCUUGCUUUCCGGCAGAAGUGAAUUCUCGGAUGGCGGUAGUAAUGGGACUCAACGAGAUGGUCCCGUCUAA